GCGGCGCGGAGCGGUGGCGCGGCCGGGCGGCCAUGUCGCCUUUGUCUGCGGCGCGGGCGGCCCUGCGGGUGUACGCGGCGGGGGCCGCGGUGCUGGUGGCGCAGCUGCUGCGCCGCUGCCUCGGGGGCUUCGCGGAGCCAGUUUUCUGCCGGCAGCCGGACCGCGUGGCCAUCGUGACGGGAGGCACGGAUGGCAUCGGUUACGCCACCGCCAAGUACCUGGCCAGGCUGGGCAUGCACGUCAUCAUAGCUGGGAACAAUGAYGCCAAAGCCCAAGAAGUCAUCCGCGAGAUCAGAGAAGAGACSCUGAACAGCAAAGUUGAGUUUUUCUACUGUGACCUGGGCUCCAUGAUGUCCAUCCGGCAGUUCGUGCACAAGUUCAAGAUGAGGAACGUCCCGCUGCACGUCCUGGUGAACAACGCCGGCGUGAUGAUGGUCCCCCAGCGGCAGACCAAGGACGGGUUCGAGGAGCACUUGGGGGUCAACUACCUGGGCCACUUCCUGCUGACCAACCUCCUGCUGGACACACUGAAAGACUCGGGCUCCCCGGGCUGCUGUGCCAGGGUGGUCACCGUGUCCUCGGCCACCCAUUACGUUGGGGAGCUCAACCUGGAUGACCUUCAGGGCAGCCGCGGGUGCUACUCGCCGCACGGAGCCUACGCGCAGAGCAAACUGGCCCUGGUCCUCUUCACCUACCGGCUCCAGSGGCUGCUGGCCGCCCAGGGGAGCCACGUGACCGCCAACGUGGUGGACCCCGGGGUGGUCAACACGGACCUCUACAGGCACGUCUUCUGGGGCACGCGGCUGGUCAAGAGGGUCCUCGGCUGGCUCCUCUUCAAGACGCCUGAGGAAGGAGCGUGGACCACCAUCUACGCAGCGAUCACCCCCGAACUGGAAGGAGUKGGUGGCCGCUACUUCUACAACGAGAAGGAGACCAGGUCCCUGCCGGUCACCUACGACCAAAAGCUCCAGCAACAGCUGUGGGCCACAAGCUGCCAGCUGACCGGCCUCCCCGACGGGAGUCCCGACGCCAUCUUGAGAUAGCUGUGGCCCUGGGGCUCUGCAGCCCGGCUUGAUCACCAAGAUGCUUGGGAUUCUGUCACGAAGCCUGGAGUCACAUGAGGUCCCCCUGCAUCACCUGGGACACUCACUGAAGAUGUCCACCUCCUCUCUGUGCUGGGCACAGCAGACACCACCAUGGAKAAGACUUCACUGGAGUCGCCGGAGAGAGAACCAGAGAACACUCUUCACAAGCACCCACCCGCUGCCCAGGAGGCCCACGUGGACAGUAACCAGCUGGAGACCCUUCACAGCAGAGCCCCGGGCUCAACCAUGAGUGUGACAUGGCCAUGGGACAGCAUCGGGAGAGGACAGCCUGACAGAGGCCACCGGGCAUGGAGAAGCCAUAGGAAUGGGGUGACCAGCCCUCCGUCACCCCAGCUGGACCCGCCAUGCRAUGGCCCAGGUGACACCCAAUGGGGUCAGCCCACAAGACACUGCUGGGGUUCUAGCCGCCCUUAUGUCCUGUCCCCUAAGCUCCUCCCRGGGACGGUUUUCCAAGCGGAGAUGGGAGAGAUGGCCCCGUUAGAGGACUCGGGCUUGUUCCAACAGAUAGUGUCCGUGAUGGCAGGUACCAGUUUCCUGUGAUCCCCAUAAAUCAUGGCCACCAACCGAGUGGCUCAAAAUAGCAGGAUUUCAUCCUGCCCCAUCCGGGAGGGCAGAUGUGGAAAUCCAGAUGUCCCUCCACUGGCUCCCGGGGGCUCCUCCUGCCUCUCCAGCUCCUGGGCUCCAGGUGGCCCUGGGCGGGUGGCCCCUCACUGCAGUCUCUGCCUCCGUCUCCACGGGGCUCCUCCUCUGGGUCUGUGUCCCCUCCUCUGUCCCUGGGGAGGACACGGCCAUGGCACAAGGGCCCCCUGACCCAGGAGGAGCCCAUCUCAGGACCCUGCACUAACAACCUCUGCAGAGACCCUGUCCCCACACCAGGUCCCACUCCCAGAUUUUGGGGAUCUCCAUGCCCGUGGCGCCAUAUUGGUUUAAUGCUCUGCUGCUACCAUCUUGGAAUUCCUUAGCUGGAACUUGCCCUGCGGAGUCAGUAGUGGUCUCUGCUCAUGUCCCCUUCCUUCAUUAAGGAAAGGGAGCAAGCCUGCAGCUAGUGAGGACAUGCUGGUCACCCUCAGCAUGUCCUGAGAAAGCCAUUGGUAUGGUUAUGGCCAUCGUCACGUCUGAAGAUGUCCCCCAACAUCCAUGGGUUUUGUCUGCUCCCUUGGGGAUCCUCUGACGGUGACUGAUGUUCUCUGACAGCGUUCCCAGUGGAUUCCUCAACACUCAGCRUUUGUUUAGAGCGUCCUCUGUGGUCCUCUUGUUUAGCUGACCACCGCUGCCCGCUCCAUACAGCCGUGUCUGGCUCCUCUCAWCAGGACCACUCCAAAACCCAGGUCACUCAGAGGAUCUGCCGAGCCCUGGAGCCCAGACAGACGUGUUUCUGGACUGUAGUGCCUUCUAGAUUCUUCCAAGGUCGAGGCUCCAUCUUCCGUAUAACAUCUCUCAAUGACCAGCACAGGGCACCGAAAUCGAGAACCCAGGAUUCUAGCAAGACGUGCAACCUCUGCACAUGGGCACGUCCUUGGCUCCAGGUCACGGUGCCCACGUGCUGGUCAGUUUCAUCAUCACAAAAGGCGUCCAGAUGCACACGGUUGAUGGGGCAGCAGCUCGUCUCCCGGCCACACCCACGUUCCCAUUGCCCAGUGAAGACUGACCUUGGACACAUGCAAUUUCCAGGCAGUGGAGAUGGACGCGGAGAGCAACUGAAAUCUCGUACGACUCUGAGGUAAAAGGCAUGGAUCGCUGGGUGAGUGGAGCUGAUUCCAGGGCGCGGCUGACUCCUGGGGAUUGUGGGUUUCAGUCUCCAUCUGAAGUCAGAGGAGGAAGCAGAGCUCGGCGCCGAGCAGGACUAACGUGUUGAUUUCCCUGAUUCAACAAGCCGACCCAAGAUACUUUGGGCACGAGCAAAGUGGUCUUCCAUUGCAUCUGGUAACAUCAGUGGGUUCUUCAGGUCCAGCAAUGGACAGACCAUCUCAUUCAUGUGCCCAUCCACCAAUCC